AUGGCGUGCCACGUGCUGCUCGCUCUGACACUCGCUUGGUGCAUCGCCACCCUUGCCACUCCCCUCGCCAUCCACGCCGUGCCAUUUGAGGCAUCGCAAGCGCAAUUCCUGCAAGACUGCCAGACAACAUGGAGUCGAACUUUUGAUGGUUGGAGUGACUCGAAUACUGAAUGCUCCUCUGCUCAUGGCAUCUCAUGCGAUCAGGGAGGGAUGAUCGUGAAACUGAGUUUAUAUUACAAUCAAGUGGAAGGGCCUGUCCCGAACUCCAUCAGCAGCCUGAGAGAGCUCGUUGACCUUGAUCUCUCCUACAAUUUUCUCUCUGGCUCAAUUCCAACUGAAAUCUUCACCCUCACAAAGUUGACAAAUCUGAACUUGGCAAACAAUAAGCUCACAGGGUCAAUCCCCAGCGAAAUCAGCAAGCUUACGGCCUUGAGUACAUUGUGGCUGGAUAAGAAUCAACUUGUUGGCUCCAUUCCUACUACCCUUAGCUCGUUAACAGCAAUGACAAGAUUAAGUUUGGGCAGCAACAGCUUUGCCGGUAACAUUUAUUUCCUUUCGAACUUCACUAACUUGGUGUUCCUAACCAUGGACAGCAACACCAAUCUAAACGGAAAUAUAUACUUCGUUUCGACGUUUACUAAUUUGAAGCUGCUGUAUCUCAACAACAAUCAGUUCAGUGGCUCCAUUCCUUCUGCCAUUGGCUCCAAAUUACGCAACUUGGUUUAUGCUGAUUUCUCCAACAACUACUUCUCAGGCCCCGUUGCGGGGCUUCCAUGGUCUAAAUUGGUCCUUUCAAGCAACUACUUGGCAGGACCUUUGGACGCUACAGUUUCUAAUUACAGCAAUUUUGCUGCCAAUUGUUUCGCACAGUCCAUGUGCCCCCGCACACAGCCCAACUGCCCCCUCAAGCAGCAGCGGACUGCAGCAGAGUGUGCGGCAUUUUGUGGUGGAGUGAAUCCCUGUGAUGGCAGUGGCAUCUGCUAUCCAGACGGACCCAGCUUGGUGCCAACGUGCUUGUGUCAACCGGGAUUCGUGCGGGUUGGAAGGUUAAACUGUUUUGCACAAGGUUGGAACCAGAGUCUAUUCGUCAACAAUCGUGCCCUUCCCUUGUUCACUAUUCUCACCACGGGGACGCAGAAACAGACAGCAGGGAAGUUUAUGGCAGCGCCAACAAGCCUUUUCGCGUACCCAAAUAUUCGGAGCACGGGAUGCGGCCUGGAGCUGGCUUUCAGUGCCAUUUUUACGUUCUGUCUCGUUUCCGAUAAUGGCCCUGGCGGGACCAACGGCUUUGCGUUUGUGAUCGCGGCGAACAGCAAGUUGGGGAAAGUAGCCGAUGGUGUAGGUUAUGAUGGAAUGGCGGCACAAAGUAUGGCCAUUGAGUUCGACACGAUUCAGAAUGCGAAAUACAAUGAUAUGAAGGAGCAGCACGUGGGGCUCAACAUAAACGGCUCGGAAAAAUCAUUGGUUGCGGUGGAGUCGCCUUUCACUUUGAACAACGGUGAAUAUUACACGGCAUGGGUGGACUAUGACCCUUGGAAUCGCGGCUCCAUCAAGGUGUUUCUGGCCGAUUCUAAGACGAAGCCAGAGCAGCCGCUGCUGCAGAGGGAGCUGUCGCUGUGUGCGGUGCUGCGGCCUAGUGUGAAGCAGUCGACGUUCUUCGUUGGCUUCGUGGCAUCCACCACUGUGAAGCCCUUCCAGAUGCACGCCAUUCUUAACUCCACCAUGCGGACAGAAAUGCGUCUUCCACCCAAGCCAGUGGAUACCACAAAUCGAGCCCUUGGCCUUACAAUAUUGGAGAACUCGCUUGCACCACCUGAAGCAAACCUGUUUUCGCGCUAUGUGAGCACGGACUACCAGUGGACGGGCAGCAGUGUGACCGUGGACUCGUGGGCCAUCCGUGACUUCCAGAAUUGGGGCUCCAUGGCUUUCCUCGGCUGGCCUGUCAAGGAUCAGCUGGAUUGCAGUGCAUGCUGGGCGUAUGCGGUGGUGGCGAGUGUGGAGGCUGCGUACGGCAUCGCAUUGAAUCAAGCCGCUCCCCAGCUGUCAGUGGAGCCACUCUUUGCAGCCAUGGGGCUCACCGAUGCAGACAAGUGCACCGCUGGAGGCUCCCCCACUUCAGCAUUUGAGAAGCUCAUCACUCUUGACGCCAGCAGUGGACUCACAGGAGGCAGUAACCCGGUAAAGCCAUAUCCAGUGCAAGCUUUUGAGCGAGCGCUCUUCAAGGGGUACUUCGGGCUCAUGCUGGCAGUGCGGCGCCAGCCAGUGGUGGUUCACAUCGAGGCUUCUGCCGACACGUUCUUCCAGUAUGAUGGGACGUUCAAAUACCAGGAUCCAGCUUGCUACACUGGCAAUCUGAACCAUGUGGUGCUCGUCAUUGGCUACUUCAUCAACCGAGACGACGGCAGCCAGAACCGCAUUUCUCCUCCGUUUUGGAUCAUCCGCAACUCAUGGGGACUUGGCUGGGGAGACAACGGCCACAUGCGCAUGGACAUUCAGGGAGGGGAUGGCGUGUGUGGAAUCAACGUGCUUCCUGGCAUCUACCCCAUUGUCAAGAUUCCAGGGGAUCCGUGCAGCAACAACAGCCACAAGGGCGACCAGGAUCCCAAUGGCAUGAAUCCUUGCGGUCGCUUCCCAUGCCAGAAGAUUUCUGAAGACUACACAUGCACCUGCACUAUUCCUGAUGCGGCGGCGGUGCAACCCUUUGUGAAGGUUGACAACGGAAAUGGCUACCAAACUUGUGCUUAUGUGGACGUGUGUGGUUCGUACUUCAAGAACCCCUGCUACGUGGGCUCAUGCAUCAACGAUCGCAAGGGUUCCUACUCCUGCAUAUGCCCUCCCAAUUACAUUGAGAGAGUUACACUUUAUGGCUUCCCCACCUGUGAUCCAGCAAAUUCCACAGCCACCAACAUGAGAGUUAGUGGAGACAACUGGCAGUGUUAUGAUGUUACUCCUCUUAUUGGCAUCCCACUGAGAGACUUCAUUGCUAACAAUGCGGGCAUAGAUUGCGACCAGCCAUUGCCCAAGGGCACUGUCCUUCAGCUGGGUGGUGUUCCUGACAUACCUUGCACUGCCUUCUUCUACGCCCUCAAGGGCGACACCUGUUCAUCUGUCAACUCGCAGCUCGGCUUUAGUGUAACUGGUCUUAGCGACCUCAACCCCGGCCUCUACUGUUCGCCCAUGGGCCUCGAUGCGGGCCAGUCACUGUGCAUCGAGCGCAGCCCUGCCCUCGCCUACACUGUCCCCGAGUGCCUGAAAUACGGCAUGCUGACAUCACAGGACACGUGCGAGGGGCUGCUUCGAAAGGCCACCAAGGGGCUGGGUGGCGCUGUUGCUGGAAGUAGCUGGGCUGAGCUGUACCGCAACAAUCCCGGCCUCACUUGCUCCCGCUCCAUCCCUAGCAAUUUUCAAGUGCAGGUUUGUUUGAGGGCUGACUAUUGGCCAUUCACAGCGAGCGUUGUUUGCCAAAAAGGCAAAUCCAAGAAAGUGGACGUCAAAGAUUCAUGUUCAACUGUUUUGGUUACGGGUGGAUUUACAAGUAACGCGCAGUUCGCAGAGUACAAUGGCAAGAUGUGCUCCGGUGCAGUAGGCAGCAGGUCAAUCUGUGUGCCUGUGUGA